AUGAAGUCUAAGUUUUUAAAACUGGCACUGUAUAUUUCUGGCUACACAAAAAUAGAUUGUGUGAUUUCCGAGUUAAAAACCAAAAAGGCUGAAGAAGUAGCAUAUGUUCUUUUAGAUAUUUUUACAAUUUUUGGUGCACCGAGUAUUCUACAAAGCGAUAAUGGCAGAGAAUUCGCCAAUAAUAUCAUCAAAGAAACAUGUAAUAUGUGGUCCGAGUUAAAAAUGGUGCAUGGAAAGCCCAGGCACUCACAAAGUCAGAGUUCAGUAGAAAGAUGUAAUGAAGAAGUAAAAAAUAUGCUUAGUUCUUGGUUGGAGAUUAACAAUACUAACAAAUGGUCGGAAGGAUUACGUUUUGUACUACUGAUGAAAAAUCGAGCGCAUCAUACUGGUAUAAACUGCAGUCCAUAUGAGGCCAUGUUUGGAGCAAAGUUAAAAGUUGGACUAAAGAAUUUUAUACCCAACGAAUCGUUGUUCAACGUUAAUACGGAAGAGGAUCUACAGAGACUUUUUAAAACUAUCAACGAAGUAAGUCAAAGUUGCUCAAUCUCUGAAAGUUCGGGUACCGUCCAGAAAACAUUAUGA